AGUAUGCUGAUGCUGCUGCACUUUAGGCUUCUACUCUGCUGCAUCAUCAGCGGCUGUUCUGCACUGUGGAGACCAUGUACAGACCUGCUGCCGCUGGACCUGCUGAGGCGGGUGGUCCCGGCUGGGGGGGUGUAUCAGAGCCGGGUGCGGUUGGUGCAGUCUCAGGGCUCUCGAGGGGUGAAGUUUACUGGACCCCCACAAGCCCUCAGCUUCCCUGCAGCUCCGCUCUUCACCAACUGCAACUACUUCCCCGCAGAGUUCUCCAUCGUGGUCACCCUGAAGAUCCCUCAGCUGCCCCCUAACAAGGAUGAGUAUAUCUUCACUCUGCUGGACGGAGGUUCGGACCGGUUGCUGUUGGGUUUGCGUCUCACCCGAGAUAAACUGCACUUCCUGCUGCAGUCCCGUGGCACGACCCGGCGCGUGACCUUCAGGUCCGUUGGACUGGCAGACGGCCGCUGGCACACGCUGGUGCUGGCCGUCACUGGUCACUACACCAUCCUCACUGUGGACUGUGGUAUCCCCCUGGAGCUGCACACUCACAGAGCGUUCCCCGAGGACUUAAACACUGAAGGCUCCGUCUUCUUCAUCGGCAGCAGGAAGAGAUGGAACGGGCUGUUCUCGGGUUUGAUAAGACAGCUGGUUCUGCUGCCAGGUUCUGAUGCCUCCUCCCGGGUUUGUCCCUCCUCCCAGCCCCGACUCUCCAUCCUCUCCAUUCCUGAGGUUCUGUUACACCUGCCGGUCAAACCACCGACCAAUGAGCUUCCACUUUACCCCUACGAGGCGGAGGUUCGGGUGAGUCCUGUGAGUCCUCUCUGUCGGGUCAGUGAGGUGGGUCAGCUUUGGUUCAGCACUGAGGAGAAAGGCCUGUUCCUGUGUGAUGGAAGCAUGUGGAUCACCAUGCUGCAGGAGCGAGAGAGGCUGGAUUACGUGGAAGAGCAUCAGGAUCUCUUCACCACCUCCGAAACCUUCGACAUCGAGGUCUUCAGCAUCCCAUCUGUGGGCCUCUUCAUGGCUACAGCGAACCGUGACCUGGGCUCUACUGUGUACCGGUGGACGAAUGGCAGGUUUGAGCGAUACCAGGACUUCAGCACCCACGACGCUCAGGCAUGGAAGUUCUUCACAGUGGGCAGAGAGAGUUUCCUGGUGGUGGCUAACUCAGGGGGUGAUGGGGUAGAGGAGGUGUCGGUGGUGUAUAGGUGGAGUAAUCGGACGCUGAGGUUCGUGGAGUAUCAGAAACUGAACACACACAGCGCUCGUGAUUGGGAGGCCUUCCACAUCCAGGGCGAGGCGUUCCUCGCUGUGGCCAAUCACAGGCAAGGGGAAAUGAAUCACAACAUUGAGAGUGUGAUCUACAAGUGGAACCCAAACACCAAGAAGUUUGAGGUGAAUCAGACCAUCGCUACGUCUGGAGCUUACGACUGGGAAUUCUUCACCAUCGGCCCGUACCACUUCCUGGUGGUGGCCAACACCUUUAAUGGGAAAUCCACCGUCAUAAACUCCACCAUCUAUAUCUGGCUGGGGGGGAGCUUCCGGAUUUUCCAGUCUAUCCUGACCACUGGAGCGAUAGACUGGGAGAUGUUCCAGAUCGGGAACAGGUUCUUCCUGGCUGUAGCGAACAGUCAGAGACUGGACAACACCGGCUCCAUCCAAUACAACAUCAACUCCACCAUCUAUGAGCUCAACAUGACCUCGCAGACCUUCAUCAAGUUCCAGGACAUCACCACUAGCAGUGCUCUGGACUGGGAGUUCUUCACUGUGGGGGAUGAUAAGUUCUUGGUGGUGGCGAACUCAUAUGAUGGAAACUCCUACUCACUAAACAGUGUUAUAUACAGGUGGCAGGGUUAUGAGAGAUUUGUUCCUGUUCACACUCUGAGCACUAACGGCUGCAGAGACUGGGAAUUCUUCACUUCCUCAGACGGAUCCUACCUCAUCUCCUCCAGCGCUCGCCAGGCCCUGUCCAAAAUCCUCAAACUCCGAACCUACCGUCAGCACUGACACCGGCCACCACACCGUCCAGAUACCACCACGACACUGACACCAGACACAGUUGUAUUCCUUAAAGCUGAUACCUUAAUUAUUUAUUUAUUGUUUUAUCUGUAUCAUCAUUAGCAUCUUCCAUAAUAUUAUUUAAGAAUAGUUAAAAUAUAAAAAUGAUGGUAUUUAUAGACUUUACAAACUGCACAUAAAUCUGUAUGUAUGAAUGGAUGGAGCUAAACUGAUGUAGACCAAAUGGGAGGGGCGAAACUGGCGUAGGCUGAAUGGGUGGAGCUAAACUGCUGUAUGAUGAUGAUGGGUGGAGCUAAUCUUCUAUUGGCUUAAUUGGUGGAGAUAAACUCCUAUAGACUGAAUAGGUGGGACUUAACUGCUGUAGGCUGAAUGGGUGGAGCCAACCUGUGAUAGGCUGAAUGGGCGGGGCUAAACUUUAGUUUCCUAAUUUAGUCCUAUUUUACUAUGUUUGAGUUUAAGCUGCCCUAAUUUUCUUGUUUCUCAUACUGAACUGCAGCCACUCAGACACCUGUUUGAUGAAUACAGUCAGGUUUAUAAAGCUAGUGUGUCUUUAUUGUAGAAUAAAUGGCAUAUCAUUAUUAUUUAUUGUCAGAUAUGUAAUAUUGUGAAAUAUGUUCAGCAUAUUGUGUUUGUAUUUACGAUUUUGAGCUUUAUAAUUUGUAAUCUGUCCUUUGACAAAUGUUUAAAAAAAAUAGAUCAGAAAAAGGAAACUGUGAUUUCAUUCAAAGCUUCUUCUUAUUUACUUAUUUAUUAAAAAA